AUGUUAUCUGUACCAUUAACUCGUUUACAUUCCCAAAAACUUAAACGACAAAAAACUGUUGAAGAUGAUAUUGAUUGUCAAAUAAACCAAACAUCGAAAUCAAUUCCAUCCGAUUAUGAAUCAAAUUCGUCACGUUCACUUUCACCUUAUUGGCGUUUUCUUAUUGAUCCAGAUUCAUCAUCAAGUUAUUUAGAUGUACCUGAUACAUCAAAUAAUAGUCGUCGAUCAUCAAAUAAUAGUGUUGUACGUUUUAGUCAAUAUGAUACAUCUGAUCUAUGUUCAAUUCUUGAUAUGACUAAUGAAUCAGAAAAUCUUGAAAAAUCCAUAAUUAAUAAUGAUAAAUAUACUGUACGUCGUUUAAUUGAUAUACAUAAAAAUAAAUUUAAUUUAAUAAAAGAUCAUUUAAAUCUAUGUCAAAUUCCAUUAUAUAAUAGAAUAAAUCGAUUUCCAUCAAUUCAACCAGCUAUUUAUAGAAAUUCCUCAUAUGGUACACAAUCCAUAACAAGUAAUACUGAUUUAUUCGAAGUAUAUAGUAAACAAGUAUUAGUUAGUAAUGAUACAGAUGAUCCACCAUCUAUAUCAUCAAUUGAACAUCGUCAAUAUUCAAUUAUUGAUCAACAAGAUAAUUUAUUAACAUCUACAACAAAUCAAUUUAAUAAUAAUAAUGAAACAAAUAUAAAUAAUAAUUUAAAAUCAAAUUCAUCUUCUCUUUAUAUAAAUUCAUCUAUAAAUGAACCUAUUGAAAAUGAUUAUCAAUCAACAUUUAUAAAAGCAACAACAUAUAAUAAACAAAAUCAAUAUAUAAAUAAUGAUUCACCUAAUAAUGCACCUCCCAUUUUUCGAAAUGUUUUACAUGUUGCUAUUAUAUAUGAAAUUUAUUUAUUUUUUCUUCAACUUUUAAAAGAUAAUAAUAAACAAAAACUAAAGAUAUUAUUAAAUAUUGUUUAUCCCCAACAAACUCUUCCUGAAAAUAAUUUUAAUUGUUUACAUCGUAGUCAUUCAUUUAAUGGUAAUUAUAGAAGUGAAACAAAUAAUCAAUCAAUUUAUUCAAAUUGUAGAAAAUAUCAAUCAUUAAUUAAGAAUUUCAAAUUAAAUUCAAAUGAUAUUAAAUUAUUACCUCAAUCAAAUCGAACUUUAUCAUUAUUAUCAUUAAAUAAAUCUAAUGAUAUAAAUAUAUUAAAUGAAGAAAGAAAUUUUUUUAUUGAAAAUCAUAUUAAUAAAUCUGAACAAUCUAUAUAUAGUUAUUCAUCACAAAUCGAAAAAGAACAUUCAAUUAAAUCAUUAAUUAUUGAUCCAUAUUCAAAAGAUAAAACAACUAAACAAGAUAAUGAUGUUCUUCUUCUUAUAGCUAGUUGGGUUUUAAGAUCACCUGAAGAUUUUCAAGAUUAUCUUGUACAAAAAGAAUUAAAAACUUUUUUUAGUUUACUUGAAUCAUUACGUUCUUCAUUUCGUACAUGGACAAGUCAAAUAAAAGAAAUUCUUUCAAUUCAAGAUAAAGAUAUACAAUUAGAGAAAGAAAUCGAUGAUGUUACUACUGAAGAUAUUUAUCGAGAAUAUAUUAAAAUGCAAAGAAAUAUUGUUAAUGGACGAUUAAUUUGUUCGAAAGAAGAAGCAGCUACAUUAGCUGCUCUACAAUUACGUAUUCAAUCAUGGCCAGAAGAUAAUAUUGAUAUUAGACAAGAAGACGAUUAUCAUAGAUUAAAUAUAAGAUUAAAUGAUGAAAGAUCAUCAACAAUAAAUUCUCUUGGUCUGGAUAAUAAAUCAUCAUCAUUAUCUCAAAGAAAUAUUUCUAAUUUAAUUCAUAUUCGUUUAUCUGAUAUAUAUUGUUGUAAACGUGUUGAUUAUAAUUUUCAUAAAUCAAAAAAACCAUAUCUUCCACCAAAUUUUCGUCAUUCGAAUGACAUUUCCAAAUUAAUUAAAGAUAAACAACGUAAAUUAUUUCAUAUAAUUGAUUAUGAUAAUCCAACACGUUUAAAAGAAUGUUAUAUUCGUUUAUGUCGAAAUUUACCUGGUUAUAAUGCUGAAAUUUAUCUUGUUAAAGAAAUUCAUGGAAAACGAUCAAAACGAAAAGAAAAUCGACUUCUUUGUAUUCGUUCAGAUAAAAUAUGUUUAUUAGAUAAUAAAAGUAAUAUAAUAUGUAAAGAAGAACGUAUAUAUGAUGUUGAACAUUGGAUAACAAGUGGAGAUGAAUUAAAUGCUCGAAUAAAUCAACUUAUUUUAGAAUUUCGUAAUAAAACAAAAUGGCGUUUACAAUUAAAUACAACAGCUGAUUUACGUGCUAUAACUGUUUAUUUAUGGAAAAUAGUUAAUGCUGAAGAUUUUGCUUUACUUGAUAAACAUAUACCAUUAUGUUCAACAUUGCGCCGAUAUUCUCAAAUUGAACAACAACAACAAAUAAAUAAUUUUCAAAAAAAUAAUAUUUCAAAAAAAAAUUCUAUUUAUCAUAAAUCAUCAAAUAAUAAUUUAAAUAAAAAAGAUAAUUUUGAAUAUCUUAAAACGUUUAUUGUAAAUAAUCGUCGAAAAAUUUUACCUGAAUUAAGAAAUAUAAAUCAAUAUGAAAAUAAUCAAUUAUAUUCAUUAUCAUCUGAUCUUGAAGAAUUAAAAAAUUUAUUUGAUUUUCCUGAAGAAGUAGCUAUACGUUUAACUGAUAUUGAACAUGAUAUUUUUCUUAGUGUACCACCAUUACAAUAUUUAAGACAUUUAACACUUGAUAUAUCAUACUUAUCAACACAUGAUAAUUCUUUACAAGGAAAAAAUAUUCGAAUUCUUUUACAACGUUUUCAAGCUGUUAGAUCAUUUAUUCAACAAUUAAUUGUUUCUCAAACAAAUUUUCAAGAAUGUAAAUCUUUAGUUGCAUCUAUUCUUCGUUUUGCAAUAACUUGUUGGUAUAUUGGAAAUUUUAAUAGUGCUAUGCAAAUUUUAGCUGGAUUAAAAAUCGAAGCAUUUCGUCCUUUAUGGUUAACAAUAACUGAUGAAAUUCCAGGUUUUAAAUUACUUAUGGAUGAAUUUAAUUCAAAUGAAAAAACUGCUCAAUAUUGUGAUGCUCUUAGUCGAGCAUUAGAUAUUCCAACAUGUAAAGUAGUACCAGUUUUUGGUACAUUUCUUAAAGAUCUUCGAACAAUAUUAAGUAGUGUACCAAGUAUGGUUGUUUUAUCUAAUCAAGAUGCACAAAAAACAAUUGAAAAUGUAUCCGAUAUUCAAAAUCAAGAACAUUAUUUAACACGUAUCGGUGUUGGUGGUUUAAUAAAUACUCGAAAAAUGGAACUUGUUUAUAUGGUAUUAAAAGAUAUAGCUAUGUUUCAUAAUCGUCAUCGUCGUCAACCAUUAUUUAAAUGUUAUCAUGAUCUUAAUUCUAUUAAAUUAUCAAAUGAAACAUUAUUAACAGAUAUAAAAGAAAAAGAAUUAUCUAGAGUAUCAACACCAUCUGAUGAUAAUUCAACAGAUAAAAUAUAUAAAACUCGAUGUAAUCGUAAUAAAUCAUAUCCAUGUACAUCAUUAACAACAAAUGAAUAUGAUCAACGUCGUAUGACAAAUAUAUCAAUUAAAGUUGUUGAUGAUAAUGAUUUAUUAAAUAUAAAUGUUAAAAAUUCAUUAAGAAAUGAUUCUAAAAUAUUAUAUCGUUCAAAUCUUGAUCAAGAUGAACCUGAAACAUAUUAUUGUUUAAAUGUAUCAUUUUAUCAACCAAUAGCACAAGUUAAACAUAAUCAUCAAGUAUCUUUAUUAUCAAUGCAUCAUAUUAUUGAUUUUAAUUAUUUACAAAUGCUUAGAAAUGGUACAACAUUAAUUCUUUAUGAUGAGGAUACAAUGCAUACAUGUUUAGUUACUUUACGUCUUGAAAUAGACAAUUGUACAUUAACUUGGAGAAAACCUUGUUGGGAUAAUGAUCGAACAAUUGAAAAUGUUAAUUUAAAUGAAGAUGUAUCAAAUGAAUGUUUAGAUUAUUCAAUGUUAAUUAAACNUCAAAUUGAAUAA